AGUAAAAACUACUUGUCAUGAUAAAAAAGAGGCAAGGCCAAGAAGAUGCCAACUGCCGGCAACGGUCAAGCUUAUGGAGAAACUGCAAAAACCUCCGCUCACUGAAGCAAAUUCACGCUUCCCUCGUCGUUAAUGGCUUCAACUCCAGUUAUUCAGCCUUGAGAGAGCUCAUUUUCAGUGCUGCGAUUGAUCUUCCAGGCACCAUUUAUUAUGCGCACCAACUGUUCGUUGAAAUAGCUGAGCCAGACACAUUCAUGUGGAACACCAUGAUUAGAGGCUCAGCUCAGAGCCAAAGCCCUUGGAAGGCCGUUUCUCUCUAUUCCCAGAUGGAGAAUCGCCGCCAGAUGAAGCCGGACAAUUUUACUUUUGCAUUCUUACUCAAAGCAUGCACCAGGCUUUCUUGGAGAAACAUUGGUUUGGGAAUUCAUGGGAGGGUGACGAGAUAUGGGUUUGAAGCGGAUACAUUCGUAAGGAAUACGCUUAUCUAUUUUCAUGCAAAUUGUGGAGAUUUGGAUGUGGCGACUGCACUCUUUGCUGAUUCUGCGAAGAGGGAUGUCAUUCCUUGGUCUGCUUUGACUGCGGGAUAUGCAAGGAGAGGUGAAUUGGGUUUAGCAAGGAAGCUUUUCAAUGAAAUGCCAAUGAAGGACCUGGUUUCUUGGAAUGUGAUGAUUACGGCAUAUGUAAAGCAGGGGGAGAUGGGAAGUGCGAGGGAGCUAUUUGAUAACAUUCCAGAAAGGGAUGUUGUGACUUGGAAUGCGAUGAUUGCAGGAUACGUAAGUUGUGGGUCUUGUGAACUAGCGUUGGAGAUGUUUGAGGAGAUGAGAAGGGUUGGACAGCAGCCGGAUCAGGUGACAAUGUUGAGUCUAUUGUCUGCAUGCGCAGACUUGGGAGAUUUGGAUGUUGGGAGGAAAAUACAUUUUGCCCUUUUGGAGAUUUCUUCUGGAGAUUUUAGCAUUUUGCUUGGUAAUGCACUUAUAGACAUGUAUGCUAAGUGUGGAAGCAUUAGCCAAGCAAUGGAAGUUUUCCAUGAGAUGGCAGAGAAAGAUGUGUCUACAUGGAAUUCAGCUAUAGGAGGGCUGGCUUUCCAUGGGCAUGCAGAGGACUCAUUGAGUCUUUUUACUAAGAUGCAAAUAUCCAAAACCAUGCCUAAUGAGAUUACUUUUGUUGCGGUCUUGGUUGCUUGCAGUCAUACUGGUCAAGUUGAGGAGGGGCGUAGAUAUUUCAAACAGAUGAGAGAUGGAUACAAUAUUGAGCCAAAUAUAAAGCAUUACGGGUGUAUGGUGGACAUGCUAGGGCGUGCUGGGCUAUUAAAUGAAGCAUUCGAGAUGAUAGACUCAAUGGAUAUUGAGUCCAAUGCCAUUAUUUGGAGAACUCUUCUCGGGGCUUGUAGAAUACAUGGAAAUGUUGAGUUGGGGAGGCUGGCAAAUGAGAGACUACUUAAUAUGAGAAGAGAUGAGAGUGGAGACUAUGUAUUGCUUUCCAACAUAUAUGCUUCCCAAUCUGAGUGGCAUGGGGUUGAGAAGGUGAGAAAGCUGAUGGAUGACAGCGGGGUGAGGAAAGGUCCUGGCUGCAGUCUGGUAGAGGCGGAUGAAAAAGCUCUCAUGCAUUUCCUGUUUGAGUCGAAACCCAAGAAAAAUGCAAGAAACCAUGCAUCUUAGAGCGGCAAAUAGUAUCAACGUCGAGAAAGGGCCACAGCAGACAAGAAGAUUAGCAGUAUGAGAGCAAAAGCUCCUACAAAGGAUCCAAUCAGAGAGCCAGAGGUGCGCUCGCAGAACGAGUUAAAUUGCUGACAGAUGGCAAACCAAUUUGCC